UUCUACCGCAUCGGACGAUAGCAGUGAAAAUGUCUUGUUGUGACUUCUACCUCGCCACGCAAUGAAGAAAAUGGAUAAAUAGUGCGUUAAUCAACACCAUUCCUAGUUUGUCGCCAAAGUCUUGGCAUUGCAUUGGUAUUUGAUAUUGUAGCAAUAUAGGAGCGAAUAGUUUAGUGACGGUUUAGUGAAAACGUGUGACUACCAGCCCAGCCCCACCAUCAAAAUGAAUCUACACGAGCCGGUUGAUCCAAACAAGCCAUUCGAUGAGCUUACACCGGAAGAAAAGAUGAGGUUGGAACACAUCAAAAUGUAUGAAAAACAUAAGGGACACGAGUCAAUGCAUAUGGAGAUGGUUCUCAUCCUUUUUGUUACACUCAUAAUUGCACAAAUUGUACUGGUAGAAUGGAAAAAACGGCACUACAGAUCCUACUCGCUAAUGACUUUACUCGCCUUGUGGAUAAUUCCGUUUGUCCUUAGCUUACGCAGCCAAUACUGGCGAUUUAUCUUUUUCUGGCUCAUAUUCAGCUGUAUCACAGGGUUGGUGAUGCGCAAAGCGAUGCGCAAACCCAUUUCAGGCACAACACCCCGUCUCGUGUACAAAUGGUUCUACUUUAUCUACAAACUAAGCUACGGUCUGGGCAUCAUUGGGUACAUCGUGAUGAUGUUCACCUUCUUCGGGGUCAACUUUAUAUUCAACCAACCCCCGCACACGUGGAUGGACGUCGGACUCCUGUUCGUGUUCUAUGGUCUCUACUACGGCGUGCUCGGGCGAGAUAUAUCGGAAAUCUGUGCCGAUAAAAUGGCUUGCCACGUAGGGUACUACACGCCGAAAGGUAUUCCAACGCGUCACCUCGAGCGAAACGUGUGUGCCGUUUGCGGCAAUCAGCUGCUUACGGACGUGAAUGAGUCCGGUGUGAUCGAGAACACGUACAAGCUGACCUGUGAUCAUGUGUUUCACGAAUUUUGCAUUCGCGGCUGGUGCAUCGUCGGGAAGAAGCAAACGUGUCCAUACUGCAAGGAAAAGGUGGACCUAAAGAAAAUGUUCUGCAAUCCCUGGGAACGCCCGCAUGUCCUGUACGGACAGCUGUUGGACUGGAUCCGGUGGCUUGUGGCCUGGCAGCCACUAAUAUUAUUCAUCGUGCAAGGCAUCAACUGGAUGCUGGGUCUUGAGUAAGCUCAGGAACACUGUCGGUAACAGUAAUUAUGUUGAAUUUCGUUGCUCAGCGAAACGAAUCAAAAUUAAGUUUAAAGGAGGCAACGUUUUGCGUCCAUAGUAAUUUUUUGUUCUGUGAAACCAAAAAAGCCAAUUCCUUUUAAAAGAUUUUGGCAAGCAGCGGUAUAUGCUUAGAUUAUAAAUUUAUCUUUUUUAAUCCGGUCAUGAUUUAGUCAGAUCACAAUGAACACAAAUGAAUCAAGCAAACCCAAGGGAAGAGAACAACAUAUUUAUUAUGAUGCGGCUUCUUACCGUCAAUGUUUGGGUUUAUUCGGGUGAAAAACGAUUUCCGUGCAACUGCACCUCGGUGAAUUUCAGUUGAGUAUGUUAACCAUUUUUUAAGUAGACAAGUCUCGUCCUCGUCCAAUAUGUUUUGUAGCCACUACGAACGACCAGGUGGAAUAAAUAACAUAAUGA